AAAAAAAAAUUAAAACCAAAGAAAUAAAUUUAUUUUAUUCGAGAUUUUUAUAGACGCAAUGUAUUAUAGCAGUAGUGUUUGUACAAAAUACUCAAACAUGAUAUCUUUUGCAGCGAUGACGGUAAGUUGUACGUUUUUUAAUUUAUAUUUUGAAGAGUCUCGCCUUAUUGUAUUAUUAAUAUUUAAAACUACUACUGAUGCAGUAUAGUAUACCUCAGAAGCUAAAAUAUAUAAUUUUUCGUACUGCACAUUUUAUAUCAAACCACACUGUAUCAUAGGUAUAAUCACUCCCUCCUUCCGCAAUGGAAUCAUUUUAAUUUUUGAUGGAAGGGGAAGGGAAAUAUUUUUGAAUGGCACAUCAACGAAAUAAUAACUAGUCUCAAAUUAAUCUCAAUUUACAUUUUCCUCUGUGUAUUAACAUAUAAGACUAAAUUAGUAAUUAGUAAUUAAUACCUAAAAAUUAAACAUUCAUAAAUAAAAAUAGGGACCUACCUUUAAUCUAUUCUACGCCUUCAUCGUCUUUGAAAUAGUAUUUGAUAAGUGUCAAUGUUUUACGAGUCAAUUUGUUGUUAUUUAAAAUUUUAAUAAAGAUUAUACAUUUUAGAAUUAUUUUUUUUCCAAUAAUUAUUAUUAAAAGUGCAAAAAAAUGUAAAAUUAAAGACGAAUACAAAAAAUUAUCAUAAUAUAGCCACUACAGACUUUUUAGAUACGUACUGCACAUCUAACAUUUCGUAUUACACAAAAUGUACCGUUAUACACACAAUUUUAGUCUCUGCAGAUAUACCUACUAAUUUUAAAGUCCAAUUUUAACACAAUAAUAAUAACUGUAUAAAAUGUAUAUAGUUUCGAAAAACAUUUUGUCAAAUUUUAUGACAACAUUUUUUAACACAGGCGUUUAUUGAAACGAACAAUAAAAUAUGCGGUCAUGUUAAUUUUUUAAGUUGACUUAGUUGACAUCAUAUUAUAUGAUUAUCGGGUCACAUUUUUCCCAACGAAACGUUUAAUUACGACAAAUAUCGGGCGUCUAGAAAUUUUGAAAACACUAAAUUUACAUUGGGGAAAUUUAUUACAGGAAUAUAUUACUUAUAUAGGAAGCUUGGUAUAACCUUAUAAUAUAAUGUGAUCAAAUAAAUCUAAUGUGUGACGAUUUAAAAUUAUUUUCAUAUUUGAAUUAAUAAUUAUUAUUUAUUCUUGAGCGCAAGCCGUUUAAGCACCAAAUCCAAUUAUUACCUGCAAAAGUAGGUAUCCAUUAGGGUGCCAAUAUUAAUAUUUCUAGUACGUCUAAAUGUUUGGGCACAAACCAUCAUAAUAUAUUAUAAAAAUCCACAAUUCAUCUGAUAUCUAUCAUAUUAUUUCAACAAGUGUAUUAUUUUUAUUUCAUUUAGUGAUUAGGUCUGAUAUAAUUCGAGUUAUCACGUGCGUGGUGCGUCUUUCUAUACAAUAAUGUUGACAAAAGAAUUUUACAAUCUUGUAAAUCUAAGUUUUUAACAAUAUUAACCCAUUUAUAAUAACUUCGAAUAUUAUUUGAUUUGUACUUAAAAACUCCUUGUUUUUAAAUCGUAUAAAAUAAUCCAUAGCUGUAAACAUAGUUUCAUGGCAUUACUUACAAGAUAAAAUCCAUUCAUUUAUAUUUUAUUAUACCUACACUACUAUUAAUUACUCUAAUCCAUCAAUAAUCAGUUUAUCCGUGCGAUUAAAUCUUUAUCAUCUCACUUUAUAUUUAACGGUUAAAUAAGCGUGCACACGAAGUAAUCAGGGUACUUGGCUAUUCUUCCGGAACAUUUUUUUCCCCUUUUUUUCGAAUAUUCAAAAUUAUAAUAAUCGUAUUAUGUUCAAUGUGGUAAACGGUACACUUUUUAAUUAAAUUAUUUAAAUUAUUUCAAGUAUUAGUGUGCGCUUCAAUCAAGAAUUAUUUAAUUUAAUUCAAUGUGUUAGUAGUAUGCUUAAAUUAAAGACUAAAACCGAAAAUAUAAAAAUUAUAACUUCAUUUUUACAUGAACAAAACAAACUUCUAAUCGAAUAAAUUCGUCAAAACAAUGUUCUCUACGAUUUCUGUAGUUUUUUUGGGGGGGGGCUGAUAUCAGCAUUAAUUGGUUUCCUAGGGGGCAAAGGAGAAAAUUUUCAAUUUCUUCUUCUUCCUCUAGUAAUUUUAAAAUUAAGUUAUUGUUUUUGAAAACAAAAUCAGUUAUACAGAAAAAAAAGAAUGCUUUGAUAGUGAUAGAUUUUUCUUACAAAUAUUUCAUUUACAUUCACGUCUAGGAAAACGGAUAGUCCCGAGCCACUAGCCACCGCGGCCAUUAGGAGCGGCAGGCUACGACGGCCAGCCGCGCCUAAGAAACCGUACCUUUAGCCGUGAACGUAAGUGAAACUUGACAAUUUUACUAGAACAGACCAAAUGAUAAAUAUGAGAAAAAAUUGUAGACAUUUUAGAUACAGAAAUUAUGUUUUUAAUAUUAAUCUUAAACUCUUUUGAGCCAGUAUAUUAUCCGGUCAGUAUUAGUUUACUUACCUAGCUAUAUAUUAUUCUAAUGAGUAUUAAAAGAGAACGUGAGAUAGCCGCUGUCACCGUCUUACGAACGUAUGACAUUAAAAAUGUGUGUUCAGCAGGGACAACUUUGUGAUGUUAGUGUUAAUAUUAGAGUGGAAUAUUAGUUUAAAAUAAAAGGUAAACAUAUAAUCCCAACAAAAAUCCUCCGUCAACCUCGUGUAAAACUCUAUUUAAAAAAACAAAAAACAAGUUAGAAAAGUUGUGAUAUCUCAUGAAUGUUGCUGAAAACGAUGUUAUAGUAAUACAACGAUAAAAUAAAUAAACACAAUUGUUUUUUAUUUGCCGCAAACGGCCACCAUCGCAAACAGGUGGUAACAACGCGUACAACAUAUACAUUAUUGAAUUAUUGAAAAAAAUAGCGUUUCGAGUAAAAACUAUGCUAAUACUUUUGCAUACUACUCAGACUGUAAUCAUUCGACCAACUUGAUGUUUACAAAACUAUCGUCUACAUUACAUACUGAUCAGCCAGUAUACAUUUCAAAACAAUCAAUCCGUUAGUUUUGGCUAAAGAGAGGCCGGACCAUUUGCCGUAAAAUUACACAGGUUAAAUAGAAGUUGGCCGUCUCGUGUAAUAUACUGCUUUUUUUGUUACUUAGCACUGCACCUCGAUCACGACGCUGGAUUUGAGAAACCAUGGAAGUUUGUUCCGAUAAUUUAACUUUUAAGUGAAAUUAUGAUUUAUGAGUAGAUGUGUAAAUAAUCAUUAGUGAAUUAUCAUAGUUUGAGAAUGCGUAUAUAUUGUUUAAAAAUUAAAAUAUCAAAAAACAAAACACCUAUACUGCUACAUAUCUAAUGUUCUUACUUUAAGUUCGACAAUAGGUCAAUUUACUCUAAUACUAAAACUAACAGCAUAGUUUUCCCUGCUGAAUGCUAACAUGUUAUUUUUAUGAUAUAUCGUAUACGUUUGUAACACGGAGACAGCAUACUCGGGUAGCAUGCCCUCAGGUAGCACAUCAGGUAAUAUUAUAAUGUAUAAGUAUUAAGUAUACUGUACGGUAACUGAUAAAAAUAUCCAGGCGGAAAAAAUAUCAAAGUAUAAAUGUAUAUUAUAAUUAAUAAAUAAUCAUGUUGUUAUCCAUAUACAUUAUACAUACCUAUCCACAUACAUUCAAAGUAGUUCUUGACUACUCAGUUACAAUUUAGUUUAUAAUACAAUAUUUAAAACCACAUUCGUCAGUAAAAAUAUCAAAAUAUCAAAAAUUCAAAACCAUAUAUAUAUAGGUAUAGGUAUAUAUACAGAGUGAUUUACUAAGCGUGCUCACCUAAUUUUUUUGGUUAAAUUUUGCCUAUAUUCAAAUUCUGAUUUUUGAAAUUUGAAAAUGUAGUUAAAGCUGAUAUUUUCGAAUACUUAGAUUUUCCAAAACAUUUAAAGAAUAUCCUGUAGUCAUACAACUUUGGUUUCUUUGGUUUUCCAAAUAAGAAUCUAUAUUAAAAAAUUGGUUUGGAGGAGAGUAGUGGUGCGUUAUUAACACGCCGUGCGCUAUACCGCCACACAAAUGAUACUUUACUUGUCUCCUCCAACCCAAACUUAAAAGUGGAAUAUCUCGUCAACGGAUUGACGGAAAUCAAAAACUUCAACACUAAAAUGUAUUUUAACUAAUACUCCAUCUAUUUAUGGAAUUUUUAAUAUAGGUCGCUAUUUGAAAAUUUGAAAAAGUAGGUAGUGGUUUUACCCCCAAAAAUUAAAGUGACAAAAAAUAACAUAAAUAUAAAAUUAUAAAACAGCUUGUUUCUUAAAUGUUCUAGAAAAUAAAGUUCGGAAAAUAUUAAUAUUUUUAGAGAUAAUGAGUGUACCCACUUAAACAUAAAAAAUUAAAUAAAAUCGACAAAAAUAAUUAGAUUUUUAUAUUGAAAAUAUUUAAAACGGAAUUUUAGGAAAUGGUAUUCGAUAGAGGGUGGAUUUCAAUAGCUAUACAAACCUUCUCCAGACAACGAGAAACAAAUUCAAAAAGUUUUAUGGUAAUCAGAUGAAUAGUAUAGUAAUACAUCAAUACCAAUGACAUAUUAAUAAUAAUAAAUUAAUAUGUCUAUGAAACAGACAUAUAGUCAAAUAUUCGUUUUCUUAUACCUAUAUAGAAGAGUAGAAGAUAACCUACGGAUACACUAAUAUGUGCAUUAUUGUUUAUCAGUUAUAAUUAGUAAUCAUUAUUGUUAUUUACUUAUUUGAAAUAAAUUUAAAUUGAAUAAGUACUUCAAUAUAUUAAUUUAAAUACAAUACUUAUAUUUACAUUAUUAUGUACAUAAAUAUAUUUACACCUACAAAAUAGACAUUUGUAGGUACAUAAUGGUUCGUAAAUGUGUAAUAAUAUUACAUAUUAUGUGGAACAUGUAAACAAAAUAAUAUAUUCUAGAUCCAUGAUAUAAUUAACAUGGUAUGAUAGGAACUUCAACGAAAAUGAGAUACUAUUGAGUAUUAAUGAAAUAAACAAUAUUUUAUCAUAUAAUAUAUUACGUCACUUGGUCCUGUUUAAAUUACAUUUAAAAUCGAAAAAAGACGACAAUAUUAUAAUUUAUUAAAUUGAGACUAUUUUCGGAUCUUAGAAUACAUUUUUCAAUGUUCAUAUCAUGAUAUAUAUGCAUAUUGUAUGUAUAUAUGUAUACAAAGUAUUUUUUGCAAUUGAGCAUGAAAUGACAAAAAAUAUAACAAAAAAUAAAUAAAGUUAGAAAAUAUAUGGCAUAUUCAAAUGUUUAUAAUUUUUUACUGUGAUUAAAUUGAAUUUUCAAAUAAUUUCUAAUAAUUUGUCAUAGGAUAUGCAAAUGAAAAUAAUUAUCAGACAUAAUAAUAUUAUGACUUAAAAGUGAGCAAAUCUACAUUUUUAACAUUCAACAAGACUAGGUAAGUACAUUCAUAUUUAAUUACAAUAGGUAACAAAAGUAGUUAAAAAAUAUAAAUAAAAAUCACACAAAUCUUACAACUGUUGAACACUUGAACCAGGCAAAAUUACUAAUUAGAUAAAAUAAAUAAUAAGGGAUAACAACGUAUUGUGAUAAUAGGUGACGUAGACACCAUGGGUAGAACUCUGUUGCUGUCGUACCAUGUUAAUUAUUUCAUACCUAGACCCUUAUUGAUAUUUAUUUACCUUAAUAUUCUGUUUAAGACUUGACUAUUUGAAUAAAUUCUUAAAUGUAUAACUAUAACUAAGUAUUCACUGAGUAUUCAGUAGUUGUUUUUUGCGCGCUAAUAUUAUUACAAUGAUAAUUAUUUUAUGGAAAUUUAAAAAAAUAAUUUUGUUCCAAAGAAUGGGCAUCACUUCAACUCUACUUCUCUUGACUGCAUCAUCCUACAUGGAAAGACAUGGAUGUUCCGUCUAUAAGGUCUAUAUGGUCGAUUAGAACCGUGCAGCGCUUCCAAUGGCCAACGUGUGCCGUGGUGAUGAAACCACGACGACUCGUCAAUGCUGCGAGAAAACGACACAAUAUGGCUCCGUCGUUGUAUGUUCAUCGAGACGUGUCCACCAACUGCGCCAAACGGACUUUUCCGUACAGUCAAUACACUUAUAUCGAGGUCUUCCGAUGGAACCGUGACACGCCGGUACCAUUAAAAGUUCGGACAAUUCUCGCGUGAAUGUGACGGUUCAAAUAUGAAAAAUCGUUACACCGUUUUUACAACCUGCUCGAGUUGGUUUGCCAUAGUUUAGCAUAAGUACUGGUUGGCGACCUACUGAAAAGUUAAGAACAUACUUCACAGGACUAUUUCUGUAGUAUGCAUCGUCCCCUCCAGGUGCAAAUCUGGAGUCGACGUUGGCCAAAAUGAUGCUAGCCACUCUCCCAUUUUCUUGAACGUGAGAAAGUUGCUGGAUUGUCAUUUUAUUGGCCAGUUAGCGACGGUGAUCGCAACCGGAUCUUGAAUCCGGGUGAUAGAUAUACAGUCUGAGUGGUCUUCUGAUAGCCACUGAUUAACUUCGGGUGAUUUUUCUUAACAAUUGUUUCUUUCUGAAAAAUCUACUGAGUUUGUUAAUGCGUUGUAAUCAUAAUUUAUUUUUAUGAAUUUUAACAUGUAUGUACUUUUCAAUGAUUUUUAAUUGCAACACUUUGAUUUUUUCCAUUUUUAAUAAUUUUUUGAAAUUUAACAUAUUUAGGUAAUGGAAUAUCAUUUGACGAUUUAUUAAUGCUGGAACACUACUCUCCCAAUAUCAAAACUAAAAAGCGGAAUAUCUCAUUAACGGGUUGACGAAAAUCAAAAAUGUUAACACUAAAAUGUACUUAAAAUAAUACUCAGUCUAUUUAUGGACUUUUUAAUAUAGGUUCUCAUUUGAAAAACCAAAGUUGGUACACUAUAGAAUACUCCUUAAAUUUUAUGAAAAAUCUAAGUAUUCAAAAAUGUCAGCUUUAACUGCACUUAAAAAUUCCAAACAUCAGAAUCUGAAUAUAUGCAAAACUAAACCAAACAAAUGGGGUGAGCACGCUCAGUGAAUCACCCUGUAUGUAUGGAUAUGUAUAUGAAUAACAACAUGAUUAUUUAUUUAUUAAUUAUUAUUAAUGACUAUACAUUUAAACUUUGAUAUAAACUUUCCUCGGAUAUUUUUACCUAGAUUCAUACUGUGUAACUACAGUGAAAUGAUAAAAGAGUAUAAGGAAAAGUUAAAACGUAAAAUAAUGGUUUGAAAUACGAUUGAGAGUGAUGAUGAAGAAACAGUUAGGUUGUGCAAUAAUGUGCAUUGACAAUAUGGGAGAUUUAUUUAAGAAUCUAAUCUAAGUGACCAACCAACACAAAUAGUUUCAAAAAUAAUGUUGCACAGAAAAUUAACUAUAUUAUGAAAAUAAUAUGGCAGAGUUGAGUAUACUAAAGUACCUUAAAUACAUCUUGUUUCUUGUAUCUUAUUUCACAAUACAGUUCUACAGGAAAAUAUCAAGUAUCUUGUAUUAUGAAUUAUGAUACUGAAAUUAAUGUAACUACUAUCUACUAUUGAGUACCAAGAUAUUUUUUUUAAAGUCAACAUACAUAAUAAUAAAACAAGAUAGGUCACUACAAUUUAAUGUCUAAUUUGGUUAUCCAAUCUACUGCUUUUUCAGUUUUCUGUUAAGCUUGUUAGUUCUUUCAUGAUUCCUUAGAAUUUCCAUCUCGGGCAGUCCAUAACAAUGUGAUCGAUCAUUUGCUGACUCUCGUCGCAGUCACAUGCUGAGUUGUCCCAGUUUAGUAUUUCGUUUUAGUUUUAUUAUAAUACUGAAUACUUGUUACUUAAGUAACAUUUAGCGUCGAGUAUCUAGAUACUCAUAACAAAGUAUCUUGCUUAUCCGUAAAAUAUAAUGCGUAUAUUAUUUUACAGAUAGUGCUCGCCGUGAUGGCGUGCUUGGUACACUACGACCUUUUGGGACUAAUGUCGAAUUAUCAUCCGUACAGACAAAGGACGCACGUGCAGUUCGACGAACAACACGAGCGGCAUCACUACCCGGUGUUGGAGUUCGACAACUUAUGGAUGCCAAGAAGGGGUACUGAUACACAAAACGCGUACUACUUUAAACCGACCAUACUGGUAAACAAUUUCGACAACAACGACAACGACGAUUUUUGGUCGGUCGGAUCGGACGACGACCGAGACUCGGAAAAUGACGAUUUCUGGAACGUUGAUACGGACGACGAUGAAGACAAUAAGCCGGCCAAUAUCGAAAGUACAUCGUCGUCACCUUCUACAGGAGUGUGCAACGAUAACGAUGCUGUCACCAGGACGUGUUUUUUUGGCAAUAAAAGCGAUGCGAGUGAUAAGACAAACCAACAGCCACCACAAAGUAACUUCCACACCGCAUUGACCCCUGUAUCGAAUAUUAUGUUGACGUCAUCACCGGACAACCAUUACAGCGAUGAUGAAGACGACGACAGCGAUUACUAUGCACCAGGAGAAGAAAGAGACGAUGAUGUUUUUUAAUCGUUUUUCGAGAGGAUACUCGAAUUGAGUACCUACUUAGGGACGGGAAAGCAAAGCACGGACAGCUCUCCCGUGGGUUCGGCGAAAGAACUAAUAAAAAAAAAUGAAACAUUCAAGUGUUUCACACCCUCGCCUCCCAUCGCAUUAAAUUACAAAAAAAUAAUAUAAACUAUUCUUCAUUGAAAACGUAGGUAUUACCAUGAUAAAAUAAUAAUCAUUAUAUAAUUAAUUUGUACUACUUCCCAACUAAGUAUUAUUAAUAAAAUUAUACCACCCAAUUAAGCAACUUUGCAAAAAAUAACAGCAAUUCGAAUAAUAUUUAAAUAUAGAUAAUAGUAUUGAGUUUUGCUCGCAUUAUUGUAUAUUAUUUAUUUUCAUAUACAUUGUUUAGACCUCGUGAUCCCCUCCAUUGAAAAAUCCCGGAUACUCCACUGAUCCACCAGAUUGUUAUACAUUUUUAUACCUGCGUUAAUUUUGCUGCGGUCAACUAUUGUAUUAUCAUUUUAUCAGUUCGGGGUUCCGAUGAGUCAUCGCAUAUUACCGUUCAAUUUGUCUUUCAAUUGUUUUAAAUUAUCUAUUCUUGUAAAUGUAUACGAUUAUUGUACGACCGUUCAAAUUAUAGUAAUAACUUGUGAUAAUUGUAUU